AUGGUUUCAUUCUCGUCUCUGCUGCUCUCAGCACUCUCCAUCUCCACAACUGUGCUAUCGUCGCCCAUCCCAGCAAAGGAUGCCUCCUCUUUACAAUUCGUUCACGAAUCCAACGAAAAACGUUACUACAACUACGAUGAUGGUUCGUUAAACGAACCCAUCCGUGGUGUGAACAUCGGUGGCUGGUUGGUCCUCGAGCCAUACAUCACCCCAUCCUUGUUCGAAGCAUUCAGAACAAACCCAUACAAUGAUGAUGGGAUCCCAGUGGAUGAAUUCCAUUUCUGUGAACAACUAGGUCAAGAAACUGCUAAGGAUAGACUAGAGGCUCAUUGGUCCACUUUCUACCAGGAAGCUGAUUUCAAAAACAUCGCAGAGGAAGGUUUCAACUUGAUUAGAAUCCCAAUCGGGUAUUGGGCUUUCCAAACUUUGGAAUCUGAUCCAUACGUCAAGGGUUCUCAAGAAGCUAAGAUGGAUCAAGCCAUCGCUUGGGCUGAAAAAUACGGUUUGAAAGUUUGGGUUGAUUUACAUGGUGCCGUUGGGUCUCAAAAUGGGUUCGAUAACUCUGGUUUGAGAGGUAGUAUCGAUUUCUUAAAUGAAGAAAAUUUGAACAUUACCGUCUCCGUAUUGAACUACAUGUUGGAAAAAUACUCUUCUGAUAAAUAUUUGGAUACUGUUAUUGGUGUCGAAUUGAUUAACGAACCAUUGGGUCCUGUCUUAGAUAUGGAUCAAUUGAAAAACAGUUAUUUGAAACCAGCUUACGAUUACGUUAGAAACAACUUGAACAGUGACCAAAUCUUGAUUAUUCAUGAUGCAUUCCAACCAUUCAACUACUGGGAUGAUUUCUUAGCUCCAGGUGAAGACACCUGGGGGGUUGUCUUAGAUCAUCAUCAUUACCAAGUCUUCUCUUCCGGUGAAUUAGCAAGAAACAUCGACGAUCAUGUCAAAGUCGCCUGUUCAUGGGGGACUGGUGUCUUGGAUGAAUCUCAUUGGUCUGUUGCUGGUGAAUUCUCCGCUGCUUUGACUGAUUGUGCUAAGUGGUUAAAUGGUGUUGGUAUCGGUGCUCGUUAUGAUGGGUCCUACUCUAAGCCAAAUGACGGUUCAUACUACAUUGGCUCUUGUGCUAACAAUGAAGAUAUUACCACUUGGUCCGAUGAAAGAAAGCAAGAUACUAGACGUUACGUCGAGGCUCAAUUGGACGCCUUUGAAAUGAGAGGUGGUUGGAUCAUUUGGUGUUACAAGACCGAAUCAUCCAUCGAAUGGGAUGUCCAAAGAUUAAUCUUUGACGGCUUGUUCCCACAACCAAUCACUGCUAGACAGUACCCUGGCCAAUGUAACUAG